CCUAUCUUGUGACCACAAUGAAUAUUCAUAAGUGACAUAUGGUGCAAAAUUUUCCCGGGGGUAAAUAUGCCAUUGCACAGCAGGGUCUUCUUUCCAGAAUGUGAUCGGUUCCUGGUCAUCCUGCAGAUUAUCUGAUUUUGUUGCAGAUUGAAGCAGAAGAGAAAUACCCUCUGAAAAUGAAUUACGUAAGAUUCUUGAAUGCAACGAGCCUGGCAAGAAAGCCAUCUCCAAUUAGAGUUCUUACCGGCAUUGUGCUUCAGUCUCCCCCAUCCCUCAUCUCCAUGGCUAGCGGUAUGCCCAAUGCUGAAUUGUUUCCAAUAAAGGAGGCUUCAUUAACUCUCAGUGACGGGUCCAAACUCAACGUAGACAAUGCCCUGCUGAAGAAAGGUUUACAGUACUCUGCCACACCAGGCCUGCCUGAAAUGCUGAAAUGGCUGAAGGGCAUACAACAGAAGGUGCACAACCCCCCAUCACUUGGCAUCAGCGAUGAGAACAAACAGCUAGACUUCCUCGUCACAAGCGGGAGCCAGGAUGGGCUGUGUAAGGUGUUUGAGGCAUUUGUGAGUCCCGGAGACAACAUCCUAAUGGAGAUACCUGCAUAUGCAGGAACCCUCAGUAUAGUUCGACCUCUGAGAGCAAACAUUUUGGGUGUACAAGCAGACAAAGAUGGCAUUAUUCCUGAAAGUCUACGAAAAUGUCUCUCCAAAUGGUCACCAUCAGAUGCCCAGGAUCCAUCCAGUGACAUCCCGAAGGUAUUAUACUGUAUUCCCAAUGGAGGCAACCCAACAGGAAGUGGGCUGACCCUGGACAGGAAGCGGGAGAUCUACAGUAUUGCUCAGGAAUAUGAUCUCGUCAUCAUGGAGGAUGAUCCAUACUUUUACCUUCAGUUUGCCAAGCCCUACAUCCCAAGUUUCCUGUCCAUGGAUGUUGAUGGGCGUGUAAUGAGAUUUGACUCUCUCUCUAAACUUCUAUCUUCAGGUGUCCGGGUAGGCUUCCUGAGUGGUCCUAAGAUGCUUGUCAACAGAAUAGCUCUACACAUGCAGGUGUCAGUGGUCCAUGUUAGUGGCAUGUCACAGGCUCUCCUGGUACCUAUUUUGGAAACUAUGGGAUUCGAUGGUUUUUUGAAGCAUGCCCAGAAUGUUGCAGACUUUUAUGAGAAGAAGCGAGACAUGUGCCUCACUGCUGCUGAAAAACAUCUCAAAGGUCUAGCCGAGUGGUCUGUCCCGUCCGGUGGAAUGUUUCUCUGGCUUAAACUGCCAGGCAUCAGCGACACGUUCAAGAUGAUCUCAGAGAAGGCACGAGAGAAGGAAGUCUUGUUUGUGCCUGGGAACGCCUUCAUGCCCGAUGACACAGCACCAUGUCAGUAUGUGCGAGCAUCAUACUCACUUGUGUCGGCUGAGGAUAUGGACAAGGCUUUUGAGAGGUUAGCAGCCUUGAUUCGUGAAGAGCAGACGUAACUCGCCAGGACCUGACAACAUUGUGGAAAGUCCAGUGUCCACACAUAUACCAUUACUCAGAGCUUAUCAUUUUCUUCUGGAGAUGUUACAUAAGAUAUCUGAUAUCAGCCAACUACACUGAAAUCUCGAAAGAAACUGAAUAUUUGUCCACACCAAGCAUGAUCACUUUUGAGCUGGAAAAUUGUGAACAAUUUUAGCUCUUUUCAUAUGAUGAGAUUUUUUUCAAUGUAUAGAUUUUUUUUUUUGUUGUUGAAAUGUCACUGAAUGUGAAAAAAAAUGGUGAUGAUCUAGUCUAAUCCACUUUCUAAAGGGCAUUGUAUGUUCAUAUUUAAUUUAUAGUCAAGAUGUACAAGUUCACAAGAAGGCUAUGGAAAUCCAGUCUAUCUAAAUAUGAAAAUGAUGUAAAUGGACUUGAAUUCAAAUCCAGACAUACCAAA